AUUAGCGUCCGACUCGAAGCUAGACAACAAUGGAAUGCGGUCGAUUAUUGUAAGCGAGUUUUUGUUUUGAAAUUAUUUUAGUUCGAGUGUUUUAACGAAAAUGACUGGAACAAUUAUUGAAAAUUUAAGCGGCAGAAAGCUAGCAGUGUUAGUGACGUUUCUUUUAUUGUGUCAAAUAACAUGUUUUUUGAUCGGUGGGCUGGUCGCACCCAUGCCCGCAAACGUACAAAAUAUUCUCGGCACCGUGUGUAAAGAUACAUCAAUAAUGAAAAAUGAUACUACAAAAUGGUUCUACAAUCGCGGUAAAGGUAAAUGCAAGUCUGUUGACCUUGGAGAGACUCGACACGAUGUUUCCGAGAGAGACAUCGUAUUUGCAUUUCAAAUGCCGAUUCCCCGUGAGGGCGAAACCUACGACUAUUCGAGAUGGCAGCAGAAUUUAAUCGGUGUGUUACAAAUCGACAUCGGAUACCAUUCACAAAUGGAAGUCAAACCACGCAGCACAAUAACAAUAGACGCGCGAUUGGCGUACAGAAAUAAAGAAGAUCCUGAUUACGACUGGAAAUUAUACACUCAAUCGGUCGAAAAAAGAGUAUUAGACUGCGACAUCGACAUAAAAACUGAAGAUUACUUAUAUAAUUGCUCUCAUAUACCGUUGUUUGAGCUCGGUUCUUUGUAUCACGAUUACUAUUUGCUAAACAUUCGAUUGCCGAUCGACACUCCCGACAUGAACGCACAUAUUGGUCACAUACAAGACAUGUGGGUGACUGUUAUAAAUCAAAAUGGAGGCUUUACUAAGGUGUGGCUGUCUCUAAAAACUGUAUUUUUUCCUUGUAUAAUUGGUAUAUUGGUUUGGUUCUGGCGAAGAAUACACAUGUUAGAGCGGAAACCUGUACUCUUAGAAAAGAUGCUUCUCACUUUGGGUAUAGCUUUAUGUUUUCUGAAUGCACCUUUUGAGUAUCUUACACUCCAAUUUGAUUUACCCUUCAUGUUAUUAUUAGGGGAUAUAAGACAAGGGGUUUUUUAUGCUACAUUGUUCUCAUUUUGGCUUAUAUUUGCUGGAGAGCAUAUGUUAAUCCAAGAUGCAUCAGCGCAAAGUUCUUUAAAGCAGUAUUGGAGACAUUUGAGUGCGGUAGCAAUGGGUUGCAUCUCACUUUUUAUAUUUGACAUGUGCGAGAGAGGUGUCCAAUUGCGAAACCCAUUCUAUUCCAUCUGGGUUACUGACUUGGGUACUAAUUUAGCUUUAACAUUCAUCAUACUUGCUGGAAUCUCGACUGGAGUGUAUUUCUUGUUUUUGUGUUACUUGGUAUGGCAGGUGUUUAUAAAUAUAUCCCAAAAAAGGCAGUCUCUUCCUACAAUGUGUUCUGUACGUCGUUUGCAUUAUGAAGGAAUUAUAUACCGUUUCAAAUUUUUGAUGUUAGCGACUUUGAUAUGUGCUGCUCUUACCGUAAUUGGUUUCAUUUUGGGACAAGUGGCUGAAGGCCAAUGGAAAUGGGAUGAAAAUAUUGAACUUGAAUACACUUCAGCAUUCUUUACUGGUGUAUAUGGGAUGUGGAAUAUUUACAUAUUCUCAUUGCUUGUGUUGUAUGCACCAAGUCACAAACGCUGGCCAGUUAAUGAUAACACUUCUGAUACACAAAACUUGAGCGAGGAAAUUGAAUUUAGAGGUUUGCCGAAUGAGAGGAGCGAGAUUUCUUCAUUGACUUCAUUUAUUAGAAAGACCACGAUUGAUUAAAAAAUCAUAUAAUUGAGAAAUCUCAUAACUUUAAAUACUUUAUUUUUAAGUAGAAAUGUAAUUUUAAAACAUUGAAAUCUUGUAACUGAGCCUCUUUUUAGUUUAAGUUUAAACAGUAUUAAUAAUAUGUUUGUACUCAAAUAUUAGUCAUCGGACAUACUCUUUAGGAAGGCCUUUUCUAAUGCUUGUAGUCUAACUUAGUUUUACCUCAAACAAAUAUGUCUUAGUCUUAGAAUUAAUAUUAUUGUAAUUUGUAUUCAAAAUUGCCGUUUAUUGUAGUUGUAUGUUAUAAUAUUACACUGUUGUAUGAAAAUGAGUCAUUGUAAGCUUUAAAGAUGUGAACUCAGGUAAAUAUUUGAGUCAUAAAAUUCCUUAGUUGGGCGAGACGGCGGUUUUCGACCUUGAAUGUAUUUUUUUAUAACUUAAAGUGCUUCCAAAUUGAUGUCGUAUUUGGAUCUUGCCAUUUUAAACUACUUAAUUUUCUCUGUGAUAAGCGUUUUUGAUAACUUUUUAAUUUAUUUUUAUAUUGGUAGUUUUAAACUUUUUACUAUGUUGCCAGCAUUACUUUAACUGUUUAACUA